UCGAUGGUGGAACGGGUCACGUGACGGUGGCGGGGGUGGCGGCGCAUUCUCCACCUCUGGGGGAGAAUCAGCGAGCAAGGCCGAGCGGGGAGGCGGCUCGGCCUCCGCCCUGGUGUAACAUGUCUCUCGAAGACCCGUUUUUUGUCGUCCGAGGCGAGGUGCAGAAGGCGGUAAACACGGCCCGAGGGCUGUACCAGCGCUGGUGCGAGCUCCUGCAGGAGGGCGCGGCAGUCGGACGCGAGGAGCUGGACUGGACGACCAAUGAGCUGCGGAACGGCCUGCGCAGCAUCGAGUGGGACCUGGAGGACCUGGAGGAGACUAUCGGCAUCGUGGAAGCCAACCCAGGCAAGUUCAAGCUCCCAGCCGGAGACCUGCAGGAGAGAAAGGUGUUCGUGGAGAGGAUGCGGGAGGCGGUCCAGGAAAUGAAGGACCAUAUGGUCAGCCCAGCAGCCAUAGCCUUCAUGGAGAAGAAUAAUAGAGAGCUGCUGACGGGCAGGCCAGCCACCCAGAAGUCCUCCGGUGACCUGCUGGAUGCCAGCAUGGUCUCAGCCACCUCUCGCUUCCUCGAGGAGCAGCAGGCCGCGCAGCAGCUCAUCGUGGACCAACAGGAUCAACAGCUGGAAAUGGUGUCUGGGAGCAUCCGGGUUCUGAAACACAUGUCUGGUCGCGUCGGGGAGGAGCUGGAUGAACAGGGCUUCCUACUGGACGCCUUUACCCAGGAGAUGGACCACACCCAGUCCCGGAUGGAUGGGGUUCUCAGGAAGAUGGCCACGGUAUCCCACAUGACGAGUGACCGCCGGCAGUGGUGUGCCAUUGGGGUGCUGCUGGGGGUGCUUCUCCUGGUCCUCGUCCUGCUCUUCUCUCUCUGACCCCGGUGUCCCCAGGGGCUGGUCCCUCUAGCUGGGGGAGCUGGCAGGGCCCUGUCCCCUGGGAGGAGGGGGUUCUGUCUGGGGAGCUGUCCCCAGGCUGUUAUCCAGAGCCAGUGGGACCCUCAGGGCCCCGGGCGGAGCCCCCGCCACUGGUCCUGCCUCAAGUGCGCUUAGAGGGUGGGGACCGCCGAUGCACCUCUGCCCAUUUCUGCUUCCAGUGCCCCAAAGCCCUUUGUCUCUGUGCCUUGUACAUGUGCCAACUUGGAAAUAAAAUCCCAGCCUUUUUUGUA